CGCCGCCGCCUCCCCACUGCCUGCAGUCUCCCACCACCGCGGCCUCCCAGGCCUGGCCCAGGGCCUCACCGCACUAUGGCAGCAGCACGGCACAGCACCCUGGACUUCACGCUCGGCGCCAAAGCUGAUGGCGAGACCAUUCUGAAAGGCCUCCAGUCCAUUUUCCAGGAGCAGGGAAUGACGGAGUCAGUGCAUACCUGGCAGGACCAUGGCUACUUAGCAACCUUCACCAACAAAAACGGCAGCUUUGCCAAUUUGAGAAUUUACCCCCAUGGAUUGGUGUUGCUGGACCUUCAGAGUUAUGAUAAUGACGCGCAAGGCAACAAAGAAAUGGACAGUCUUUUGAGGAAAGUGGAAGAAAGAAUGAAAGAACUGAGUCAGAAUAGUACAAAGGUGAAGCGCUUACCACCCAUAGUUCGAGGAGGGACCAUUGACAGAUAUUGGCCCACUGCUGAUGGACGCUUGGUGGAGUAUGACAUCGAUGAAGUGGUAUAUGAUGAAGAUUCACCUUACCAGAACAUUAAAAUUCUACACUCGAAGCAAUUUGGAAAUAUUCUUAUCCUCAGUGGGGAUGUCAAUUUGGCAGAGAGUGAUCUGGCAUAUACUCGGGCCAUCAUGGGCAGUGGAAAAGAAGAUUACACUGGCAAAGACGUACUGAUUCUGGGAGGCGGAGAUGGGGGCAUAUUAUGUGAAAUAGUCAAACUGAAACCAAAGAUGGUCACUAUGGUAGAAAUUGACCAAAUGGUGAUUGAUGGAUGUAAGAAAUACUUGCGAAAAACAUGUGGCGAAAUUUUAGACAAUCUUAAAGGAGAAUGCUAUCAGGUUCUAAUAGAAGACUGCAUUCCAGUACUGAAGAGAUACGCCAAAGAAGGGAGGAAGUUUGAUUAUGUGAUUAAUGAUUUGACAGCUGUCCCCAUCUCUCCGUCUCCAGAGGAAGAUUCCACAUGGGUGUUUCUCAGACUGAUUCUUGACCUUUCAAUGAAAGUAUUGAAACAGGAUGGGAAAUAUUUUACACAGGGGAACUGUGUCAAUUUGACAGAAGCCUUGUCGCUCUACGAAGAACAGCUUGGGCGCCUGUAUUGCCCUGUGGAUUUCUCCAAGGAGAUCGUCUGUGUCCCUUCGUACUUGGAAUUGUGGGUAUUUUACACUGUGUGGAAGACUAAGCCUUGAAGAUGAAUGUCAC